AUGCCAGAUAUGUCCCUGAAGGAAGAUGUCAAGGUUAUAGUGAUUAUCAUCAUUUGGAUCAUCGCCAUUCUAGUCCUCUAUAUGAUCUUUCUCAUGGUUCUGGAUCCAAUUCUAUCCAAGAGAAAACAAGAUGCAUAUGUUGAACAUACAAAUGAAGAAGAGCCUCAAGCCUCAACAAGCGAAAUGCCAUUGCGGAAUCGGUCUGGCUCAAAUGUCUUCGAUCGUGUGGGGCAUCAGCAAGUUAGAUGGAAGCAACAAGUCCAGGAACAAAGACGGAAUAUCUAUGAUCGACAUGUCAUGCUGAACUGAAAAUGCAGAAUAUUUAUUUUUGGUUGGCCUUUUCCCACCGGCGUAUCUGACACUCCAGCCAAUGAACUCACUUCUUGGAAGAAGUGCAAGUACAAGUUCUGCAGCAUCCAUGUGAUUGUUGUUAGGUUUUUCUUCCAGGAAGGAUCACCUGAAACACCAGUACUGAUCUUAUCAGUAGGUGUGUAUGUGUGCUAAUGAUAUAUUCUCAUCAUAGGCAAUCUUCCAGCUUUGUGUUAAGGUCUGGAAGGUUUCAUUAUUCCAAAACUCAUUGUGGAGCCCUUUGUUGUGACAAGUAUUGGUGUGAUUUCUCCUUUCUCAGUUUCCACCAAUGCAAUGAAUGCUAAGAAAAUGUCAUUAGACCCAUUCAUGAUCAUCUCAUCUAACCUGUGCUGUGAUGUGUACAAGAGAAUGUAGGCAGUUGGUCAUAAUAUCAAAAGACAUUUGUAGAACCAUAUUCUGUAAGGCCUGAAAUAGAGAAACACUUUGCUUCAGAAUAAUUAUCUAUCUUUUUUUACAUGCAUAUAUACAAAUUUGAAAGAUUGAGAAUUACACUGAAAAUCAAUUUUAAAAGAAGUACAAGGUCUGCAUUGAUGUUUCAGCAUUGCCGAAUGUUGCAAGCUUUCCCUCUUGUCAUACUGUAUUUCCAUUUCCAUUCCCCAUAUGUGUCACGUUUAGCCUUUUGGGAAUGGCAAAAUACUGGAGUAUGGAAAUGUCUCCUUGAUGUGUUUGAUUACAUUUGCCCAUUCCAGAGCGGUCGAAACAUCCCAAGAGGAGAAUUGGUAAGUGCAUUUGGAAGGAAGCAGGAGCUGCUCAGAACUCCAUUUCCUCUCGUGAAGUUCACCUAACAGAGAGCUCCUAUUUACUUUCUCAUAAAUGAAGAUUGAUACGUCUCACAUAA